AUGAAUUUUUACAGUGUAAUCGAUUCAAAGGGAAAUUUUAUGUGCAGUCUAUUUACAGGGCAAUUGGGGGACGAUAAAUUCGACGGGUGGCGGAGGCGCGGUGGUUGGAGGCGGAGGAGGGAGAAGAGCCGUGGCAGUGGGGUUAAAAUAAAGAAAGGGGAUGAAGAUAAUGAGCUGUCCAAUGAAACGACUGAUGAUGGAAUUUCAUUUAUUUUAUUUGUUAAAAAGUUAAACCGGAAUUACAUCUGUGGCCCUAAUGGAUUCCUUUAUUAUAAACUUUUCCGGAAUUUUUUGGCCUUUGUGGCUUACUGUAAGAUAAUUCAAUUGAAUCAGAAUGUGAGUGGUGGAAAGAAGAAUUAUGCCUCUCAUAAACCAAAAGAACAGAGAGUGAAUUUCUUCAGGACCUUGGCUCCACCUCUCAUGGCUGCAAUCAUCUCCAUUUCUCCUGUAUUACAUCCUCCGGUUUCACUUGGGCAAACAAUAGAUAUACAAAAAGGAACAACUCUGUUUCAUCAGGCUUGCAUAGGAUGUCAUGAUGCCGGUGGAAAUAUAAUACAACCGGGCGCAACACUUUUUCUGAAAGAUCUUGAGAGAAAUGGAGUUGCCACUGAAGAGGAUAUAUACCGGCUGACUUACUUCGGCAAGGGAAGAAUGCCAGGUUUUGGUGAGAAUUGUACGCCGAGGGGUCAAUGCACCUUCGGUCCCAGGUUACAGGAAGAUGACAUUAAACUUUUAGCUGCAUUUGUGAAGCUUCAGGCAGAUCAAGGCUGGUCGAACCCUGAGACUAAGGGGGAUUAG